AUGGAUUCAUCACCGAAUCAGAUCGUUAAAGAAAUUCCGAGAGUCAUUCAAGUAUACAAAGAUGGCCGAUUCCAGAAACUCUCCGGCACCUACACCGUUCCCGCCGGCGUUGAUCCAUCCUCCGGCGUCCAAUCCAAAGACGUCAUCAUCUCACCUGAAACUAACCUCUCCGCCAGGCUAUACCUUCCCAAAACCCCCACCAAAAAACUCCCCCUUCUGAUAUACUUCCAUGGCGGUGGAUUCAUCACCCAAACCGCGGCAUCCCCCUUCUACCAUAACUUCUUAAACCUCAUCGCUGCGGAGUCCAACGUCGUCAUAGUUUCCGUUGACUACCGAACGGCGCCGGAGCAUCCCGUCCCCAUCUGCUUUGAAGAUUCCUGGGAAUCAAUCAAAUGGGUCGCCGGAAACUGCCCGGACACUUGGGUAAAUGACUUCGCCGAUCUUGAAAAUGUAUUCUUCGCCGGUGACAGCGCCGGUGCUAAUAUUGCCCACCACAUGGCUAUCCGGGUCGGGUCAGAAAAUCCGAGAUUGAGCAUGAACCUACGGGGCACUAUCCUGCUCCACCCGUAUUUUUGGGGAGAAGAUCGAAUCGGGUCUGAAGAAGAACACCCAUGGAAGGCGUUAAUUGAAGAUAUGUGGAUCUUUGCCUACCCGGGAGCAAGUGGGUUGGAUGAUCCGCUUAUUAACCCGGAUAAGGAUCCGAAGGUAUCGGAUCUUGGAUGCUCCAGGGUACUGGUUUGUGUUGCUGAGAAUGAUAUAUUGAAGGAUAGAGGAUUGUAUUAUAACGAUAUUUUGGGUAAAAGUGGGUGGAAUGGAAGUAUUGAGGUUAUUGAGGAUAAAGGGGAAGACCAUGUGUUUUUCCUAUUUAGCCAUUCUCCAGAUAGUUCUUGUACAUUGCGCAAGAGAAUUUGUACUUUCAUCAAUCACAUCGAUAAGUAA